UUAUGUUGAAAAAUCUAUAAAAAGCAUUUCGUGUUGAAACUUGGAUAUUUUCCGACCUGGAAGUCAUUUAAAAAAUUAUCAUUUCACACAUCUGGAAGUUGAUUAUGUAUAUUGAAACGAGAUGAAAAUUACAGAAAAAAUCAUGCGGAUGGCGUUAGCGAUCGCAUUGAUGUUCGUCGCGGGAUCUUUUAUCGUAGCGACCGCGACUAAGGGUAGCAAGUACCCUCAUUUCUUUAAACAUCGGACGAAGCUGAGAGAGAUUCGCGGCUUCAAACCGGAAUACAUCUCCACGGCGAUCGGAUUCGGGAAGAGAGACGGUCCCGCGGAAACCCUAUCAGAUGUUAGUGGACGCGACAGAGACCUGUCGUCUAUUCUGAGGAACCUCUCGCGUAUCGCGUCUGAGAGAAUUUUUACUCAAUUUGGGAUGAUUUUGACCAAACUGCGAUUAAUUUAA